AGAGAGUGGACAGUGGGAAAGUUUGGAUUUUGAUCUGUGUGGUUGGAUUUUUGCGCAAACGAAAUCAGACCCACCCCCAAGCUUGUCCCGACGAACAACAUUAUCAUUGUGUUGUUUGGGAUUCUUCUUCUCCUUAGGGUUUUUUUUUGCUUCUUGCUCUGUCCUGUUUCCUUUGUUUCUUAAGCUCUUCUUAGCUCAGUGUGUUGUUAACAUUAAGAGAGAGGAUUUUUGGGUUUUUUUUGGGUGUGUUCUUCUGGGUUUGGGAAGAUGAGGGCGGUGCAUUUUAGCACGGGGAGGUUAGCGACAGGGUUUUUAUUGUGGUUUUGGCUUUGUGGGCUGAUUUCGGUAUCCUGCGCCGCGAGGUUUAGCGAUUCAAGGCAGAAGUUUGAGGUGCAGAAGCACUUGAUCAGGUUGAACAAACCAGCUGCUAAGAUCAUUCAGAGCCCAGAUGGUGACAUAAUCGACUGCGUUCAUAUGUCAAAGCAGCCGGCUUUCGACCAUCCUUUCCUCAAAGAUCACAAGAUUCAGAUGAGGCCUAAUUAUCACCCUGAAGGGCUUUUUGGUGACAAUAAGGUGUCUGCAAAACCGAAAGAUAAAACAAACCCUGUGCGGCAAUUGUGGCAUGAAUACGGUAAAUGCCCUGAAGGCACCAUUCCGAUAAGGAGGACAAAAGAAGAUGAUGUCUUGAGGGCAAGUUCAGUUAAGAGAUAUGGUAAGAAGAAGCACAGAACCGUUCCGGUGCCAAGGUCAGCGGAACCCGACCUCAUGAACCAAAAUGGGCAUCAGCAUGCCAUAGCUUAUGUGGAAGGAGAUAAGUAUUUUGGAGCAAAGGCGACUAUUAACGUGUGGGAGCCAAAGAUACAGCAGCCAAACGAGUUCAGCUUGUCACAGAUUUGGAUUUUGGGUGGCUCCUUUGGUGAAGAUCUUAACAGCAUUGAAGCUGGUUGGCAGGUGAGCCCGGAUCUAUAUGGAGACAAUAAUACCAGACUAUUCACUUACUGGACAAGUGAUGCGUAUCAAGCUACAGGCUGCUACAAUCUUCUUUGCUCGGGUUUUAUUCAGAUCAACAGCGAAAUAGCAAUGGGGGCAAGCAUCUCCCCUGUCUCUGGAUAUCGUAAUUCCCAGUAUGAUAUCAGUAUCCUUAUUUGGAAGGAUCCAAAGGAGGGGCAUUGGUGGAUGCAAUUCGGAAAUGACUACGUUUUAGGCUACUGGCCAUCAUUCCUCUUCUCCUACUUAGCAGACAGUGCAUCAAUGAUCGAAUGGGGAGGCGAAGUCGUGAAUGCAGAAUCCAGGAAGCUAAUCGUACUGCUGUACAAUGCAUUGCCAACAAUCAGAAUAAUAUUCUACCAAGAACCGGAAGUUCCCAAGAGGGAUAACAAUCUGGUGGACUGUUCUAGCAGCGGUCUUUUCAGCAGGUCAAGCUACUUCCGGAACAUCCAGGUGGUCGACAGUUCUAAUAACCUAAAAGCGCCCAAAGGACUCGGGACAUUCACCGAGCAGUCCAACUGCUACGACGUUCAGACGGGCAGCAAUGAUGACUGGGGCCAUUACUUCUACUAUGGAGGUCCUGGUAAGAACCCCAACUGUCCAUAACUGGGCACCUCCUCUCUGUUCCUGUGAAUUCAUCAUGUUCCUUCUUUGGUAUGGCUCUGCCUUCUUUGAGUGGUAGUAUUAGGCUCUCUGUUCAAACUAAUUCAGUAAAAUGUGUGUUGAAGUGCCCUCUCCGUGUAAUGUGAAGUUUUGAGGGUUGUCUGGUUUUUCUCCAUGUAAAUAGAUGGGGGAAACGAGACAAAGAUGCUUCAAGUCUGAAACCUGAAGCUCUUAGUGAAAUUUUACUUUUGUCUUUCUUUGUAAUGUGGUUUGCUUCUCCUGUCUCUGAGUAAUCUCUUGACAAGUGAAUGCACUUCCCAUCCUCCCCC